GAGAGAGAGAGAGGGAUGAAAGAAAGGGUGUGUGUGACAGAGAGAUGAUAUAAGGCGCGUAAACCUCCUCCAAACGCUCAGAGUUGAAGUUGCUUUCCUCACGUGAAGGUCUGAAUGACCGUGAAACCGGCAGACUGAGAGACAGACCGGCAACUGAAACUACAUGAAGCUGGAAUCAUCAUGAAUAAGAGGAUUUGUGAAUGAAACCUCAGAUUGGAAAACAUCAUUCAGCAACAACAUCCAGCUGCGCGAAAAGGACUCCAUUCACAAAAUGAAGAAGCGGGCGACCAGAGAAGCUGUGCAGAUGUGCAGAUUUAUUUUAUUUUCAGUUUAAAUGGAAAUUGAAUGACAAGACUGGAAAAGCAUCUGAAGAUUUUUUUAUUGCGUUUUCUCUCUGCCUGAGUGUUCAGAGGAUUCCCAGACUAUUCAUCUGUAGGUUUUCUAUAUUCUCGUUUACACCGGUGAGAAGUGAAACCUAUACAGCAGGACUAAUCAAAGAUAAAAAAAAAACGCUCUACUUUCACAGAAAGUCGUCCCUAUACGAUGCCCCAUUUGGAGACUUGUGCGCGUAAAGGACGCGUCGCUCCGGUGCCAUUGCGCGCAGUGAUGCGCACCUUGACGCAUGGACGUGGGAAAUAGGGAUGCUGAUGGGGGGUUCUGCUGCACCCCCAGAACCAGGCAUUAUGAAAAACCAUUAGAGUUGAUAAAGAAGUUUAAAGUUAUAUAAUGUUUUCCCCGUGUGGUGGGAAAGAGGAUUCACUUUUACUCCUUUAUUAGUAGAGAUUUUCUUUUCAGAGGAAGUUUUUCAAGUUUCCAACUGAAUCAAAGUAAGCAAAGACACCAGGGGCACUGAGCAUCCUGUCAGACCAAGAGUACAUAAGCCUCCCUGGACAAGCCGUGCGUAAUGCCGAAUGGACCGACCCUCCGCGAGCACUACCACUACCCGAUGCGACUGGUCGACCCGAGGCACCUCCCGCAACUGAUGUCCCUGGAGGACCAUGAGCCCACCAUGGUGAAGGGGACGCUGGGGCCGCGCAACUCCACGAUGGUGGGAGAGGAGGGGUCUCCGGGUCAGCAGCACCAAACCUUCCCCUGGGCGGUGACCCUGCUGGCCGGCGUCCUCAUCACGACCAUCGUGGUGGAUGUUAUCGGGAACCUGCUGGUUAUCGUGUCUGUGUUCAGGAACAGGAAACUCAGGAAAGCAGGAAACGCCUUUGUGGUGAGCCUGGCUCUGGCUGACCUGGUCGUCGCCAUAUAUCCUUACCCGCUGGUCCUGACCGCCAUUUUCCACGACGGCUGGAUCGCCGGCUACAUCCACUGUCAGAUCAGCGGCUUCCUCAUGGGCCUCAGCGUCAUCGGCUCCAUCUUCAACAUCACGGGCAUCGCCAUCAACCGCUACUGCUACAUCUGCCACAGCCUUAAGUACGACAAACUCUUCUCCAACAGCAACACCAUGUGCUACGUCGUGCUGGUCUGGGCGCUCACCAUCCUCGCCAUCGUGCCCAACUGGUUCGUGGAGUCGCUGCAGUACGACCCGCGGGUGUACUCCUGCACCUUUGCCCAGUCGGUCAGCUCGCUGUACACCAUCACGGUGGUGGUGGUGCACUUCAUCCUGCCGAUCGGCAUCGUCAGCUACUGUUACCUGCGCAUCUGGAUCCUCGUCAUCCAGGUGAGGCGGAGGGUCAAGCCGGACUCGCGGCCAAAGAUCAAACCGCACGACCUCCGCAACUUCCUCACCAUGUUCGUGGUGUUUGUGCUCUUCGCUGUCUGCUGGGCGCCGAUAAACCUGAUCGGUCUGGCAGUGGCACUGGACUCCAGGCUGGGCCAGGCUAUACCGGAGUGGCUGUUCACGGCCAGCUACUUUAUGGCGUACUUCAACAGCUGCCUCAACGCUGUCGUCUAUGGCGUCCUGAACCACAACUUUAGGAAGGAGUACAAGAGGAUCGUCAUGAUCAUCUUCAAGUUUCACUGCUGAGACGAUGCGCUGAGGGGAAGGAAAGGGUGGAGAUCAUUAUUUACUUUUGUGACAAGAAAAGGCUAUUAAAAAGCUUGACCUUGACAAAGAGAGGAAAACUGUACUAAUAAGAUGGAAAGAAAACAAAUAUACUACAUGAAAAAGAAAGAAAAACACUUUAUAUGAGAGUGAAAAAUAGAAGAACUUUAAUAUCUGGAGGUGAAGAAGAGGAGGAGAGACAAAGUGAAAUAAAUGAUGCCACACAGAGAGUUAUCAGUGAUGCCUUCAGGGACCUUGAGAGACUUUAAAUCUACAGAGAGGCAGGCAGAGACUAGAGUUUGGGAGUAACUUAGUAAUGUGUUUUAUCAUGACUUCCUUUUAUAAUGAAGUCAUGAAUUAUUGUUCGAAUUAAAGUUGUACCAACUUCAUACUUCAAUUUGAUGUUGGAUUAUUCAAAUAUUGUGAUCAUCUUCCUCGCCUGAUUCAUUUUGAUGCAUAAAAUCUUCUGUUUCAAGACAGAAAUACUCCGAUACUGUGAUUUUUUUAAAGGGAUAGUGGACACUGUUUCUGUUUCCACAGAAAGGAAAUCUGACUGAUGCUGCUCAGAAUUAUGUUUUUUCAAAAAAAAUAAUUUAUUGAUUAGAAUAACAAACUGGUGCUCUUCGGGAAUAUUAAAGUUACUACGGGGAACUUUCAUUUUGUGUUGACUUUCGCGGUCCCUGUGGACCAGAGUCCCUUUAGGAAACCUCUCAUUUUACUUCAGCAGGGUCUGACAGUGCCCGAUUUGGCGCCGAAUCCGACCCGGUGGCACCGAUGACAAGUAUUAAUAAUAACUAUAUAGAAAUAGCCAAUCUUCUCACUGAUGGUCUCGUUUGCUUAUGUAGGUCAUAUAGAGGCAUCAGUAUUAAAUUGAGACGUUUCAUAACCAGUUAAAAGUUCCUCAUAGUAACUUUAGUGUGAUAUACUUUUGAAUUAAGGAUUGAUUAAAAGGUGCUACACGCACAUUUUCAAACAUUAGGAUUUAACAUGAACUGUGAUCGAGGCUGACAGUCUUCUUGUCUAUAGUCCUGUUUGUUUACAGUAUUAUAUAUAUUUUACAUUUGACAAUUAAUUUUUUGGAGUAACAAGCCAAACUCUCACUGGGACAAAGAAAGAAAAAGACGAAAGGAUGGAUGGAGGGAUGGAGGGAUGGAGGGAUGCUAACAGAGUUGUUGACUUUGACCAGUGACUUGACUUUGACUUUAGGCCUUUGACUUCAUGACUUGAUAGUAUUCCCAACCCCAAAGGUGAAAAAUUAGCCUAUUCAAAAAUUACAUUAAGAGAUCUUAGAAGUUUCGAUUAACCAUUUUUUUCCCUGUUGUGUGAAAACUUAAGCAAACAGUUGAUAGGAAUUCAUGCUGAGCGGCUGCUCUUCACACAGUAGUGAGGAUUAUAAGUAAACCAUGACACGGCCUGAUCAUGUACACACACUAAUCCCAUCUCAAGGCUGCGUUCAGACCGACAUGAACGGCGAAUUUCCACCAGAUCUGAAUGUAUUUCUUAUGGAAAACAGGAGAAGCAGUCGCCCAGUGGACAGGGUCUGUAUUUGCAUAAAGUUGAAAAAUCUCAACUUUACACAAAUGAGCUUGUGUCCAGCGCAACGCGUCCGGCUCACCGAACUUGGACCAAGCUGUCAAACUAGGCGAUCUAGUUCUAAAAUGAAACGAGAUUCUUUAAAUGUUCAGAAGUAGAUUUUGGUGGAUCGUUUAGACGGAAUAACAGAGAGUUUACGAGCAGGCCGCCGUAUUGUUUCCUGUUUAUAACGGCGAGCAGAAAACCAAUCAGGUUCAUUCAAAAUUUAUGCUCAUGAUGAAUAGUUGGCCCUCAUUUUGCCGCCCUAGGUUAUUGCCUAGUUCGCCUAUAAGAACACGCCGCCCCUUGGUCUUGACACAGAGACCCAAAUAGACCAAUAGGGGUAAAGUUUUUUUUUUUCUCUGAAUUACAUUUAAAUACUU